UGGGGAAUGAGGUGAUCUGGCUGUGAUGGACUCGUUCCCAUUGGGAUGGAAGGUGAAGAGUGUGCAGGAUGCCAUACGGGAGAAGAAGAAAUCCUUCAAUUUUCUUGGAGAAGACAUUAACUUGGUCCCCUCAGUAGGCAUUUUCAUCACCAUGAACCCUGGUUAUGCAGGACGAACUGAAUUACCUGAGAAUUUGAAAGCUCUAUUCAGGCCCUGUGCCAUGGUUGUGCCAGACUUUGAGCUGAUCUGUGAGAUCAUGUUGGUGGCCGAGGGGUUCAUCGAGGCCCGGGCGUUGGCCAGGAAGUUCAUCACUCUCUACCAGCUCUGCAAAGAGCUCCUGUCCAAGCAGGAUCACUAUGACUGGGGGCUCCGUGCCAUCAAGUCCGUGCUGGUUGUCGCUGGGUCCCUCAAACGCGCCGACCCCGAGCGCCCCGAGGAGCAGGUUCUGAUGCGCUCCCUGCGCGACUUCAACAUCCCCAAGAUCGUGACAGAUGAUGUGCCCGUGUUCAUGGGGCUCAUUGGGGAUCUGUUCCCCGCCCUGGGUGUGCCUCGGAAGCGUGACCUGGAUUUUGAGGCGCUGGUGAGACAGGCUGUGCUGGAGCUGCGGCUGCAGCCGGAGGACAACUUUGUGCUCAAAGUGGUGCAGCUGGAGGAGCUGCUGACGGUCCGACACUCCGUGUUCGUGGUGGGAAAUGCGGGCACAGGCAAGUCCCAGGUGAUGAGAUCCCUGCACAGGACCCACCAGAUAAUGAAGAGACGUCCUGUGUGGACAGACCUCAACCCCAAGGCAGUCACCAGUGAUGAGCUUUUUGGCAUCAUUAAUCCAGCAACAAGAGAGUGGAAGGAUGGACUGUUCUCAUCAAUCAUGCGAGAGCUGGCCAACCUCACACAUGAUGGUCCCAAGUGGAUAGUACUGGAUGGAGAUAUUGAUCCAAUGUGGAUUGAAUCUCUUAAUACUGUGAUGGAUGACAAUAAGGUGCUGACCCUGGCCAGCAAUGAGAGGAUCCCUCUGAAGCCGACGAUGAGGUUGCUCUUUGAGAUCAGCCACCUGCGCACGGCCACCCCGGCCACCGUGUCCAGGGCGGGGAUCCUGUACAUCAACCCCUCGGACCUGGGCUGGAAUCCCCCGGUGAGCAGCUGGAUUGACGGGCGAGAGAUCGAGUCUGAGAGAGCCAACCUGACCAUCCUGUUUGACAAGUACCUGCCAGUCUGCCUGGACACCCUCAGGACCAGAUUUAAGAAGAUUGUUCCCAUUCCUGAGCAGAGCAUGGUUCAGACGCUCUGUUACCUCCUGGAAUGCCUCCUGACCGAGGAGAACACACCUUCUGACUGUCCCAAGGAGCUCUAUGAGCUUUACUUUGUCUUUGCUGCCGUCUGGGCCUUUGGUGGAUCCAUGUUUCAGGACCAGCUUGUGGACUACAGAGUGGAGUUCAGCAAGUGGUGGGUGGCAGAAUUCAAGACAAUCAAGUUUCCCUCUCAGGGCACAGUCUUUGACUUUUACAUUGAUCCAGAAACAAAGAAGUUUGAGCCUUGGUCUAAACUUAUUCCCCAGUUUGAAUUUGAUCCAGAGAUGCCAUUACAGGCGUGCCUGGUGCCCACCCCUGACACGGUGCGUGUGCGGUACCUCCUGGACAGGCUCCUGGAGCGCCGGCGCCCCGUGCUGCUCGUGGGCACUGCGGGCACGGGGAAGUCUGUGCUGGUGGGGGACAAACUCUCCUCUCUGGACACAGACACGUACGUGGUGAAGAAGGUCCCGUUUAACUACUACACCACCUCUGCCAUGCUGCAAGGUGUGCUGGAGAAGCCUCUGGACAAGAAGGCUGGCAGGACCUACGGCCCCCCCGGCACCAAGAGGCUCGUGUACUUCAUCGACGACCUCAACAUGCCCCAGGUGGACACGUACGGGACAGUGCAGCCCCACACCCUGCUCAGGCAGCACCUGGACUAUGGACACUGGUAUGACCGGAGCAGGCUGUCCCUGAAGGAGAUCACCAACGUGCAGUACGUGUCCUGCAUGAACCCCACUGCAGGGAGCUUCACCAUCAACCCCCGGCUGCAGCGUCACUUCUGUGUCUUCGCUCUCUCCAACCCUGACCAGGAUGCCUUGGCCAGGAUCUACAGCACCAUUUUGGUGCAGCACCUGACCAGUGGGAAUUUCUCAGAGGCUGUGCAAAAAUCAGCCCAGCAGCUAAUUGCCCUCGCCCUGGGGCUGCACAGGAGGGUGGCUGCCACCUUCCUGCCAACAGCUGUCAAGUUCCACUACGUUUUCAAUCUGAGAGACUUCUCCAAUAUCUUCCAAGGCCUCCUGUUCUCUACCCCUGAAUGUCUGAAGGAACCCCAGGACCUGCUGAAGCUCUACCUGCACGAGUCCAGCCGGGUGUAUCGGGAUAAGAUGGUUGAAGCGAAUGAUUAUGGUACCUUUGAUAAAAUCCAGAGGGAGAUGGUGAAGAAAUUCUAUGAUGACAUGGAAGAAACUUUAGAGCAGACCAAGCACAUGAAUAUUUUUUGCCAUUUUGCUAAAGGCUCUGGGGAACCUGGCUACAGGCCAGUCCCAACCUGGGAGCAGCUGAACCAGAUCCUCGUGGAAGCCUUGGACAACUACAAUGAAGUCAACGCUGCCAUGAACCUGGUGCUGUUUGAGGAUGCCAUGUGCCAUGUCUGCCGCAUCAACCGCAUCCUGGAGUCCCCCCGAGGGAACGCGCUCCUGGUGGGCGUGGGGGGCAGCGGGAAGCAGAGCCUGACCCGGCUGGCAGCAUUCCUGAGCUCCCUGGAGGUCUUUCAGAUCACCCUGAGGAAGGGGUAUGGCAUCCCCGACCUCAAGGCAGACCUGGCAAACCUGUACCUGAAGGCUGGUGUGAAGAACACGGGCACCGUGUUCCUGCUGACCGACGUGCAGGUGGCGGACGAGCAGUUCCUGGUGCUGGUCAACGACUUCUUGGCAUCAGGGGAAAUACCAGACCUCUUCCCCGAUGAGGAAGUUGAGAACAUCAUCAGCAGCGUGAGGAAUGAAGUCAAAGGCCGGGGGUUGAUGGGCUCCAGGGAGACCUGCUGGAAGUUUUUCACAGAGAGGGCUCGGCGGCAGCUCAAGGUUGCUCUGUGUUUUUCCCCCGUUGGCUCCAAACUGCGCAUCCGCAGCAGGAGGUUCCCGGCCCUCGUCAGCUGCACCACCAUCGACUGGUUCCAGGAGUGGCCACGGGAGGCCCUGGAGUCCGUCAGCCUCUGCUUCCUGAGAGACAUGGGGGCUGUGGAGGAUUCAGUGAAAGAUUCAAUAAGCAGAUUCAUGGCCCAUGUCCACACCAGUGUCAAUGAGAUGUCCCGGCUGUACCUGAGCAACGAGCGCCGCUACAACUACACCACCCCAAAGUCCUUCCUGGAGCAAAUCAAGCUCUACCAGAACCUGCUGCUGAAGAAGGACAAGGAUUUAAAGGCAAAAAUGGAGCGGCUGGAGAACGGCCUGGAGAAGCUCAACAGCACCUCUGCACAGGUGGAUGAGCUGAAGGCCAAGCUGGCAGCCCAGGAGGUGGAGCUGAAGCAGAAGAGUGAGGAUGCUGACAAGCUGAUCGAGGUGGUGGGGGUGGAGACGGAGAAGGUGAGCAGGAAAAAGGCGGUGGCCGACGAGGAGGAGAGGAAGGUGGCACUGAUCACCCAGGAGGUGCAGCAGAAGCAGAAGGACUGUGAGGAGGACCUGGCCAAGGCUGAGCCGGCCCUGGCAGCUGCCCAGGCUGCUCUCAACACCCUCAACAAGACCAAUCUGACAGAGCUGAGAUCCUUUGGGUCCCCCCCUUCCGCCGUCAGCAACGUCACCGCAGCCGUGAUGGUGCUGACGGCCCCAGGAGGGAAGAUCCCCAAGGACAGGAGCUGGAAAGCAGCCAAAGUGGCCAUGGCCAGGGUGGAUGGCUUCCUGGACUCCCUGAUCAAGUUCAACAAGGAGAACAUCCACGAGAACUGCCUCAAAGCCCUCCAGCCUUAUUUACAAGACCCCAAGUUCAACCCCGAGUUCGUGGCCACCAAGUCGGCGGCAGCGGCCGGGCUGUGCUCCUGGGUGGUGAACAUCGUGCGCUUCCACGGCGUCUUCUCUGAGGUGCAGCCCAAGAGGCAGGCCCUGAGCAGGGCCAACACUGAGCUGGCAGCAGCCCAGGACAAGCUGAGCACCAUCAAGGCCAAAAUUGCACGCCUCGACCAGAACCUGGGCAGGCUCAGGGCCCAGUUUGAGGAGGCCACUUCAGACAAGCUCAAGUGCCAGCAGGAGGCUGCAGCCACAGCGAGAACCAUCGCCCUGGCCAACAGGCUGGUUGGGGGACUGGCCUCUGAGAACGUGAGAUGGGCGGAGGCUGUGAAGGCCUUCAAGGAGCAGCAGAGCACCUUGUGUGGGGAUGUCCUGCUGAUCACGGCCUUCGUGUCCUACCUGGGCUACUUCACCAGGAAAUACCGCCAGGACCUCCUGGAGGGCAUCUGGAAACCAUACCUGCACCAGCUCAACGUGCCCAUCCCUGUGAGCCCGUGCCUGGCCCCCCUGGCCAUGCUGGCGGACGAGGCGGCCGUGGCAGGGUGGCACAACGAGGGGCUGCCGGCUGACCCCACAUCCACCGAGAACGCCGCCAUCCUGAGCACCUGCGAGCGCUGGCCCCUCCUGGUGGACCCCCAGCUCCAGGGCAUCCAGUGGAUCAAAGCAAGAUAUGGCCCAGGGCUCCGAGUGCUCCGGGUUGGGAACAAGGGGUACCUGGACGUGCUGGAACGAGCUCUGGCUGCAGGAGAACUGGUUUUGAUUGAAAACCUGGAGGAAUCUGUGGAUCCAGUGUUGGGACCAUUACUGGGGCGAGAAACAAUCAAGAAAGGCAGGUACAUCAAGCUUGGGGACAAAGAGUGUGAGCUGAGCCCUGCCUUCCGCCUCAUCCUGCACACAAAGCUGGCAAACCCCCACUUCCCACCCGAGCUGCAGGCCCAGUGCACUCUCAUCAACUUCACCGUCACCAGGGACGGGCUGGAGGAGCAGCUGCUCGCGGCCGUGGUCAGCAUGGAGAGGCCUGACCUGGAGGAGCUCAAGUCAGAUCUCACAAAGCAGCAGAAUGGAUUCAAGAUCACCUUGAAAACAUUAGAGGACAACUUGCUCUCUCGGCUGUCAUCAGCAUCUGGGAAUUUCCUGGGAGACACAGCCUUGGUGGAGAACUUGGAGAUCACCAAACAGACAGCUGCAGAAAUUGAGGAGAAGGUGCAGGAGUUCAAGGUGACAGAAGCCAAGAUUAACGAGGCCAGGGAGCACUACAGGCCCACGGCCACAAGGACCUCCCUGCUCUACUUCACCAUGGACCAGCUCCACAACAUCCACCCCAUGUACCAGUUCUCCCUGAAGGCGUUCCAGAAGGUGUUCCAGAAGGCCAUGGAGAGGGCGGCUCCGGCCGAGGGGCUGGCGGAGCGUGUGAGGAGCCUCAGCGACAGCAUCACCCUCUGCGUGUGCCAGUACACGGCCCGGGGGCUCUUCCAGGCUGACAGGCUGACCUACACUGCCCAGCUCACCUUCCAGAUCCUCCUGAUGAGUAAAGAAAUCAACCCAGCAGAGCUGGAUUUCCUGCUGAGAUACCCAGCACAGCCUGGAGUCAUGAGCCCUGUGGAGUUCCUGUCUGACCAUUCCUGGGGAGGAAUCAAGGCUCUCUCAUCCAUGGAGGAAUUCAGAAACCUGGAUCGGGAUAUCGAAGGGUCUGCGAAAAGGUGGAGGAAAUUCAUCGAGUCUGAGUGUCCUGAGAGGGAGAAGUUCCCCCAGGAGUGGAAGAACAAGUCAUCUCUGCAGCGCCUGUGCAUCCUCAGGGCCCUGCGGCCCGACCGCGUCACCUGCGCCCUCAGAGAUUUUGUAGAAGAAAAGCUGGGCAGUAAAUAUGUGACUGGGAGAUCCCUGGAUUUUGCAACAACCUUUGAGGAAUCAGGACCUGCAACCCCAAUGUUUUUUAUCCUUUCCCCAGGAGUGGACCCACUGAAGGAUGUGGAGAAACAUGGGAAGAAACUUGGCUUUACAUUCAACAACAGGAACCUCCACAAUGUGUCCCUUGGACAAGGCCAAGAGGUGGUUGCUGAACAAGCUCUGGAUCUGGCUGCAAAGGAGGGGCACUGGGUCAUCCUUCAGAACAUCCACCUGGUGGCCAAGUGGCUGAGUUCCCUGGAGAAGAAGCUGGAGCAGCACAGCAAGGGCAGCCACCGGGACUUCCGUGUCUUCAUCAGUGCAGAGCCAGCACCUUCCCCUGAGAGCCACAUCAUUCCCCAGGGCAUCCUGGAGAACUCCAUCAAGAUCACCAACGAGGCCCCCACUGGGAUGCAGGCAAACCUGCACGGAGCCCUCGACAACUUCAGCCAGGACACCCUGGAGAUGUGCAGCCACGAGAAGGAGUUCAAGAGCAUCCUGUUUGCCCUGUGCUAUUUCCACGCCGUGGUGGCAGAGAGGCGCAAGUUCGGCCCCCAGGGCUGGAACUGCCCCUACCCCUUCAACAGCGGGGACCUGACCAUCUCUGUGAGUGUGCUGCACAACUACCUGCAGGACAGCUCCAAGGUCCCCUAUGAUGACCUGCGCUACCUCGUGGGUGAGAUCAUGUAUGGAGGUCACAUCACAGAUGACUGGGACAGGAGGCUUUGCAAAACCUAUUUGGAAGAAUUUAUUAAGCCAGAAAUGCUGGAGGGAGAACUCCUCCUUGCUCCAGGAUUCCCCCUCCCAGGGAACAUGGACUACAAUGGCUAUCACCAGUACAUCGAUGAAGCCCUGCCCCCGGAGUCUCCCUACCUGUAUGGGCUCCACCCCAACGCCGAGCUGGGCUUCCUGACGCGGAGCUCGGAGCAGCUCCUGCGAACGCUGCUGGAGCUGCAGCCCCGGGACAGCAGCGCUGGAGAAGGAGGAGUGGGGACCAGGGAGGAAACGGUGAACGACCUUCUGGAGGAGAUGUUGGAGAAGCUGAGUGAGGAGUUUAACGUGGCAGAGCUGAUGGCCAGGGUGGAGCAGAGGACUCCUUACGCCGUGGUGGCCCUGCAGGAGUGCGAGCGCAUGAACGUCCUCACCGGGGAGAUCAAACGCUCGCUGCGGGAACUGGAGCUGGGCCUGAAGGGAGAGCUGACCAUGACCAGUGACAUGGAGAGCCUGCAGAAUGCCCUCUUCCUGGACAUGGUGCCCGAGUCCUGGGGCAGGAGGUCUUACCCUUCCACAGCCAGCCUGGGCACGUGGUUCACCGACCUCCUCGCCCGCAUCAGCGAGCUGGACACCUGGACUGGAGACUUCUCCUUGCCCUCCACCGUGUGGCUCGGUGGGUUCUUCAACCCCCAGUCCAUCCUGACAGCCAUCAUGCAGACCACAGCCCGCAAGAACAAGUGGCCUUUGGACAGGAUGGCCCUGCAGUGUGAUGUGACCAAGAAGAGCAGAGAGGAUUUUGCCAGCCCCCCUCGGGAAGGGGCCUAUGUGCAUGGGCUGUUCAUGGAAGGAGCACGAUGGGAUGCACAGGCCGGGCUGAUCACCGAUGCCAGGCUCAAGGAGCUCACCCCAGCCAUGCCUGUCGUGUUCAUCAGGGCCAUCCCUGCUGACAAACAGGAUACCAGGGGCACGUACCCCUGUCCUCUGUACAAAACACGCCAGAGAGGCCCAACUUACGUGUGGACCUUUAACCUUAAAACCAAGGACAGCCCUGCCAAGUGGGUGCUGGCUGGGGUGGCCCUGCUGCUUCAGGUCUAGGGGCACCACCACACCCCUCUGCAAAUCCCAGCAUUGCCUUUCUCAGGCAAUUUAAACAAUGAAAUGCUGAGGUUUAGCCCAAGCUCCAUCUCUCCAGUGUCCCCAGGACUCUCUCUGAGCACUGGGGACAUGGCCUUUACAGAGCCUGUGAGAGGUGACAGAGCUGCAGAGGGACACGUGGAGCAGGCUCGUGGCUGCUGUAAAUCCAGAGCCUGUAAUUCCUGCACUGCUGCACUGGAGCACUGGAAGAUCCCAGCCUGCAGCCUGAUAUUCCACACCUCUGAGAUUAAAUGUAAAUCUAAUUUUUAUUUCUAUUUCAUAUUCCAAAGUAGUUUUAAAAUCAGUGGACUUUUCCAAAACACUCAGAUAGUCCAGUGACUUGUGAAAUUCUCCAGACCUUGUUCUUUACUCUGUUUCUUUGCCAUGUGUGUGAUGUUGAAAGCUGGGAGGUGAGCAGAUAUUGUGGUUAUAAACUGUUUCUUGCUAAUUUUCUAAAUUUUAGAAACACUGAAAAUAGUGUUAAUAUCCAAUAUGCUUAAUGGAAUCAGCAGUAAAAGUACAACACAGGGGUUAUUUUAGAGAAUUUUUCAUGGUCAUAGAGACUUACUGGGUCUGGCUGAGCUGGAGUUCAUUUCCCCCAGCAGCCCUCCCAGUGCUGUACUCUGCACUGGCAGCCAGAAGGGUGUUGAUAACACUCCGGUGUUUUGGCUCCCACUGAGCAUCAGCACUGCAACGUUCCUUCCUCCUUCAAAGGAAGGUGCUGGGAGGGGACACAGCCAGGCCAACUGCCCCAAACUGGCCAAAGGGAUGUUCCAGACCCUGUGAUGUCAGCUCAGAUAUAAAAGCUGAGGCAGGAGCAGGAAGGGGGGCAUUCAUUGUCUCUCAGGUCCCGUGAGCUGCAGCCCUGCUGAUGGGGAGCGCCCAUCGCUGCUCGUGGGGAGCAGGGAACAAACCCUGUCAUCUUCUGCUUUGCUUUUGUGCACACAGACCUCUGCUCUGCUGUUUGCUUUAAAUAAACUGCCUUGUCCCAACCCACCAGGUGUUUUCCCACCUUACUCUCUGCCCUGUCCUGCUGGGAAUGGGGGUGAUGGAGCGGCUGGGUGAGCACCCGGUGUCCAGCCAAGGAAACCACCACAGCCCAGCGUGGGGUGAGAUAAAGGCAGUUGUGUAUUUUUUUUUUUUUUUUUUUUUCAUGCUAUAGUAAUAGUAGCUAUUGAAUAGCAAGCUCCUGUGCAGGACACGGAGUUUGCUGGCUGCACUGCUUAUCACUUUAUUUUGCUAAGUUUUGGGAACAUACUGAUCUAACAAUGCUUUGCAUUUACACUAAUGGCCUUGCUGUGCUUGGGGAGGUGUCUUCUGGGGAGCUAUCUGGGAACAAUGGAGAAAUACACCCUUCCCCCCCUGCCUGGCAUUGGUAUAAAUGGCUUUAGAAUGAAGUCUGCUGCACCCCUGGCUAAUCCUUAUGGGAGCUGUUUGGAAAUGUUACUGUCACUAACUAAUACUGUCAGCACAUUACAGAGUUCUUGGAAUCUGGUGUUAUCCUGGUGUAGGAGAAAACAUACUUUAGGUGAUGAUACAUUGGGGUGUGCCCUGAGGUGCCCAGUUGCUGGGUGGCAGGGUGUGUGGAAGGACCUGGGCAGAUUCCCAGGGCAUUUGACACCUCCCAUUCCCUGGGACUUCACACCUGAACAGGUAUUUGACCCCAGCAAACUGGCACAUCACCUGAUGGAAGGGUGCCUUGCCUACCCCAAUCACAACCAGCAGCUUCUUGCUCUGUACUGGGGCCUGGCCUGUGCUUGUCCAGCCACAGUUCAAUGUUCUCAGAAGACUGUGGUGGAGGCAGGGACCCAAACUGCAAUAGAGGACACUGUGGGUGAGGUGGGGACUGAAACCACCACAACAACAGUCAUUGUGAAAAAGAAGAAAUGGAUGAGGCAAGCAACAGGUCCAUAGCAGUGAUUAGUAAGGGAGGAACAGGAGGAAGAGGAAGAAGAAGAAGGAGUAGAAGGAGGGGAGGGGGCAGAUAAAAAAGCUGGUCCUUCAACAGAGGUCCUUCAUCAGACAAAUCAAAGAGGGAUCUGAGGUUACCCAGUCCCUGACUCCUCAGAACUCCUGGACUUGCAGAAGGAUCACAGCCACCAUCGAUGCUGGGACAACAGGGCUGACAGUCAACAACUGCAAGGUCAUGAAGCCCAACAGCUGGGAUCCCUUGCCAGAGAUGGCAACACUGAAAGAGGAGUAGGAAAGGAGAGAACAAUUUGCAGUCUUUGGAGAUGGCUGCUCUCAGGCAGGGAAAGGUAUCCAUUCAAGGAAGAUCUAAUGAGCUCCCCAAGGAAGUGGGCCACUGCAGAUGAAGGUGUCCAGUACCUGAGAGAAUUAGCAGUGCUGGAAAUCAUCUGUAGUACCCUAAAAAGGGAUGACACCCCAAAAUACCCAGAGGAUGUUUCUUGCACGCUGGCCAUGUGGAGGAAGGUGGUUGAAAGCGCCCCUGUAUCAUAUUCCGACAGUCUGGUGACAUUGUACUACCCAAAGAUGGAUCCACCAACUGUAGAGGAUGCUCGUGGGAAGUGGAGAAUAAACUGUGUUCUCUUUG